AUGAUGCGCGGCCGCCACAAGUGGACAAAGAAGGGGCCGCUGGAGCUGCGGCACCACGCCCGCGCGCUCCUGGGCUCCGAGAAGGAGAUCCUCAUCUUCUGCUUCUCCGGCGCGCUCAAGGAACAGUGGUUCCACGCCCUCGCCGAAGCCGUCAACCCCAGCGUCGCUCAGCCGUCCUCCGGAGCGGCUGGCGGCGCCUCGACGCUCGUGCAGUCGUGGUAUCGAGCCUACAUGGAGACGGCGCGGGCCGCGAACCCCCACGCGUUCCCCACGGACGAUACGGCAGGCGCCACGCCGGCAGCGUCGGUGCGGGCGCUCGCGGCGGCGGGUGACGCCUCGGCGCGGGUGGCCAACGCCCCGCGCGCGUCGUCCGGGCACGCGGCGUCCGCGUCGACGACGUCGUGGCUCGCGGCCGCGUCGCAGCCGUCCGGCGCGGGCACGCCCGCUCCCGUCUCGCGCAAGCAGUCCAAAGCCCUCGCGGGGAAGUCUGAGAGACCCCCCCCUGCGCCCGGCACAGCCGUGCAGGCGGCGCCGAGCCCCGCGCGCGUGGGCGUCGGGGCGCUCCUCGGCGGCGCCGUCGGCCGGCUCGGCGGCGCCGCAGGUGCCGCCCUGUGGCGGUUCCGCCCUGCGCAGGGCCGACGUCUUCAGAUGGGGGCACGAGACGCCGGUCAGCGCAUGACGCAGCGGCCGUCCGCGGCGAACGUCGCGCUGCAGGCGCUCCUCGAGACGCCGGAGGGCGCGCCCGGGGCGCGCGGGGGGGUGUCCCGGAGGCCCUCGUUUGUACCCGGGGAACUCGCGGCAGCAGCCGCCGCGGGCAUGGCGCCGGCGCAGCUGCGGUCGGACGCCGGGCAGGUCGCGGCGGAGGUGGCGCCUGCGGAGGCGCGGGCGGAGGGGUCGGGGGUGUGGGAGGUGGCGAGCGUCGGAGCUGGGCACGCGCGCCGCGCCAGCAGCGUCGCGGGCGGCGCCGGGGACCAGGUUCUCGCGGGGCGCGUGACGCACGAUGACAACGCGGACGCGCUGCCGAAUCAGGCGGCCUCUGCGCUCGACGCCGGCUCGCCCAAGCGCCUCACAGUCGCAGAUGCGAGAAUGCAACGUCACGCAAGCAUCUCGGAGGGCCUGUACAACGCUGCCGCGGAGGCCGGGGGGCAGUCCGGCGCAGCGAAGUCGCUUCUCGUCGACGACGAGUCCGCGAAGUCCGGCGCGGGGCCGGCAGCGACCGUUCCGGCGCUGGAGACCGCAUCCGCGCCCCCGGGGGAGUUUCAGGGCCCGGCGGCCGCGCCGGCGCAGGCGGACAUUCUGUCGCAGCUCGAGGGCGGGUGGUUCGGGAGCCCCGAGGGCCGCGAGCGCGCGCGCGCGCUCAACGCAGCGCUGAGGGCGCAGCGCAAGGCUCAGAAAGCCGCCGCCGCCGCCGCCGCCGCGUCGCAGAGCGUCCCGCACUCCCCGCGCGGCACGUCCACGCCGCACAAGGACGGCGCCGGCGGCGCGCUCGCGCCCGAGCAGCUCGCGGCGCAGCUCGCGCAGGCGCUGGUGGCGUCGGAGGGCGACGCGGCGCGCGACGCACGCGCGGGGCUCGCUGGGACGGCGAUCCUGAACACGAUGCUCUCGCGCGUGUGGUUCGAUCUGAUGCGCAACCCGACGGUGGAGGCGGGCCUGCUCGACCGCAUUCAGACGCGGCUGGAGCGCGUGCCGCUCCCGCCGUACAUGGGGCCCUUGAAGCUGGUGGCGCUGAAGCUGGGGGCGCGGGCGCCCGUGGUGCGCGGCGCGCAGUGGGCCGGCGGCGUGGCGGUGCCGAAGGAGCGGCGCGGGUCCGGCGCGGGCGCCGCGGCGGUGGGGUUGUAUCCCGCUGUCGACGCGGAGGUGUUUUACGAGGGGGAGUUCGAGCUUACGAUCGAGACGUCGUUCGACCUGGCGGAGACGUCGGCGUGGGGGCAGCUCGAGAAGGUCCUCGAGGCGCUCGAGGGCCAGGGGGGGGGUAAAAGGGGGGGGUCCCAAAAGGUAGAAGUCAAGGUCGAGCCCGAGGGCACAGCGACGGGGGAGGUCGAGGCCGAGGCCGCGGCGAUCGAGGCCGAGAUGGAGGCCGAGGCUCGCGCGGAAGGGCGCGCGGAGACGCUGCCGCCCGGCUCCGCCCCAGUGCGAGGCGCACUGCUCGCACUGCUCCCCAAGCCGCUGCGUCAGGUCGCGGUCAAGGGCGUGCGGCGCGUGACCGGCGCGAUCUCCUCGCACGUCGGGAAGCUCGCGCUGCAGCUGCACGUGCGCCUCUUGUCGCUGGAGGGCCGCGUGCGCAUCUGGCUCCCGCCGCCGCCGUCGGACAGAAUCUGGUACGGGUUCCACGCGGCGCCGCGGCUGCGGCUCGAGGCGCGGCCGCGCAUCAACAGCCAGCCCGUGCGGCAGCGCAUGCUCGCGAGCCGCAUCGGGGGGGUGUUUGAACGCCGGCUGGCGCAGAUCAUCAACAACGCGCUGGUGCUGCCGAACUGCGAAGGCAUCACGAUUGUGGGCCUUCUCGGGCUGUCGGAGGAGUGCGUCAUCGCACCCGGGUCCCCGCCGUUCCCGCCAGAGGACGACGUCCCCGCGACCGAGCCCGCGCGUGCAGCCAGCUCGUCACAGCCCGGCACGCCCCCGCUCUCCGGCCAGGUCGGGCUGGGGCUGCCGGGGGCAGAUGGCGCCUUUGACGACGAUGACGACGACGACGACGAAAUCGACGAUGAUGACGACAACGACGACGUGGACGACGACGAUAUCGGCACGCCGACGGGGAACGGGCUGGACUUCCGCGGCGCGUCGCUGCACGAGGGCGGCGAGGGAACGCCCGCCGCCGAGCGUGCCUCGAACGAUGCGGGCCCUGCGGACGCGACGGCGCGGGCGGCGGCGUCGCUGGCGGCGUCCACGCCGAACCUCAAGGCCGGGGAGCCCGUCGACGGCACGGUGCUGCGGACGCCGCUGCGGGCGAGCUACCUGACGGACAAACGACGCAGGUGA